UAUAUAUACACUCUGACACUCUCAGCAUUUCCCGCUUCACUCACAAUUUCCCGCUCCGACGAAACCCUAACCGCCGAAAAAUGGGGACCAAAAACCAGUCCUCCUCCUCUGCCCCUGCCACCGAGCCCAAGAAACGACGCCGCGUCGGAUUCUCCAAGACCGAUCCUGGAGUCGAAGCCAACGAGUGCAUCAAAAUUUAUCUGGUUUCUAGCAAAGAAGAAGUGGAUGCUCCAGACAGUUAUUGUAUCCAACCCGUUGACUUGAACAUUUUUUUUGAAGAAGAUGGGAAAAUUUACGGAUACCAAGGGUUGAAGAUAACCGUCUGGCUCAGUAGCAUAUCAUUUCAUGCAUAUGCUGAUAUUACAUUUGAGAGCACAUCCGAUGGUGGCAAAGGUAUCACAGAUUUGAAAACUGCUCUCCAGAAUAUCUUUGCUGAGAAUCUUGUCGAGAAAAAGGAAGAUUUCCUUCUAACAUUUUCGACAGAGUCUGAUUAUGUUCAAUCUAUUGUCUCGAAAGGGGAGAUAUUGCAGUUAAAGGCCCCAAAUGGACACAACAGUGAUUCUAUUGAUCAAUUAAAAACAGAUUCUGAUGUGGAGGUUAUUCGGGUUGUGGGUACCAUGCUUGUUGGGCACCUCUAUAGUCGAUUGAUACCUCUUGUUCUUCUCCUAAUAGAUGGUAGCAAUGCCAUCGAUAUUACUGAUCCAGGAUGGGAGAUUCUUCUCAUAGCUCAGAAGAAAAAAGAGGAGCUGGGGGAAAACCAACUUAAAUUGCUUGGAUUUGCCGCAAUUUAUCGUUUCUACCAUUACCCUGACAGUUUGCGGUUGCGGCUUGGUCAGAUACUUGUGUUGCCUCCAUACCAGCAAAAAGGUUAUGGCCGCUGCCUUCUAGAGGUGCUUAACAAUCUUGCGAUUGGCGAAGAUGUUCACGACUUGACAGUUGAAGAGCCAUUGGACGCCUUACAACAUGUGCGAACUUGUAUCGAUGUGCAACGCCUUCUUGUCUUUACACCAAUCCAGGAAGCCCUUGAUUCAACAAUUUUGCGUCUGAAGCAAGAAAAUCUCUCAAAGAAAACCCAAACAUGUCAUUUUGGGCCACCUCCCAGUGCUAUUGAAGAAGUCAGGAAAAGUUUGAAAAUUAACAAGAAACAGUUUUUACAGUCUUGGGAGGUGCUCAUCUAUGUUGGGCUCGAGUCUGUAGACAAGUACAUGGAGAAUUUCAGGACCAUCAUUUCGGAUCGCAUUAGGGCUGAUGUCAUAGGAAAGGACUCGGGGGCUGCAGGGAAGCGGUUGGUUGAGUUUCCAACAGAUUAUGAUCAGGAAAUGGCGUUUGUCAUGUUUAAAUCCAAGAAUGUUGAAGCUAGUAGCAGCAUUGAGAUGGAUGAAGAUCAAGCUAAUCAAGAGCAACAGCUGAAGCAGCUAGUUGAUGAAAGGAUAAAACAGAUCAAGUCAAUUGCACAGAAGGUUUCUCCUAGAGGCUUGUGAGGCCGGUCCACAGUCUUUCGCGGUAUUUGUGUCCGUGCUUUUAACUUCUGAGUUUAGAUUAUUAGGUUUUGCGUUUGUUGGAAGCUGUGGCAAAAAGGGCCUAUAACUAAUUAGUGAUAUCCCUGCCGUAGCGCUUGGUUAUUUCAUGAAGUUAACUGAGAACAACCUUCUUAAUGAUCAUUGAUCAAUGCAUAGACUGAUAGACUUCUAA